GGGGACCGGAAGCAGUAUAGAGACAGAACGAUCAAAACCUGCAGCUAUGGCAUCCGUCUCCGUAUGCAAUAGAACUAUCCACGGAAAGUCGGAGCGGAUGAAGCUUAAUCUUGUUAACCUGAAAGGGAAAGUCUCGAUAUUGAAAGAGGAGAUCUCAAGGAGUAUCAACCUUCCCUCUCAGGACUUCGAGUUAGUGUAUUGUGGACAGAGGCUUGAUGAUGGCAAACAGAUGGAACAAUAUGGACUUAAAAAUGGUUCAACAGUGUUUGCCUUAAAGAGGCACCUACCAUUUUCCGUAAGAGAAGCAGAACACAUGACUCCAGUUGCUGUGAAGAAUUUGGUGGCAACGUUGAGAUCGGCUUUGCUUAAUCCAGCUUACAGAACAACAGUUGAAAGAAUAUUGAAUGAUCCUGAUGCCAUGGAGAACAUUAUUGCUUCCACACCUGGCCUAGACAAGGAUCCUGUUGCUUUAGCAAUGUUACAAGACCAGGAACUCUUAGCUAUACUAGCCCACCCUGGUAACAUACAAAAAAUUGUAGAGAAGCACCCAUCCUUUGGUCAAGCAGCCACGCUGAUAGCAGCAGAGGUCAGUAAGGAAGGAAGCAGGGAAGACACGGACCACACAGCAUCAGGAACCUAUUCCCUAGAUCAGAUGUCGGAUGACGAAGACAUGUCAAACAGCCGACCAGAAUCAUCUAUGAUUGGGGGACAAGCCAUCACUGCUUCACAACUAUCUGCUGCUCUAGCAGCUGCUACUGGAAGCCCACAACAAUCAGCUUCAGAUCAGGCUAUCCCACCGCCGGCCUACAAUGCAGCACAAGGAUCUAGAGUGGACACGGGGUCAGGCAUCACACAGGAUUUCUUUGAGCAGGCAAUUCAACAAGCAACAGCCAGCCAGAGUCAGAUUCAGCAGCUGCGAGACAUGGGAAUUACGGAUGAGGCCCUGGCAAGACGUGCUCUCCAAGCCACAGGAGGAGACAUCCAUGCUGCACUUGACCUCAUCUUCGGAGACGGACAUUUCUAACAUUCUUGGUACCUUCAUUCAAGCUUCAGGAAGUGUAUAGCAUGUGGCAUAUAGGACAUCAACACAUUGACCAACAGAAAUCAUUGCUGCAGAGGCUUUUUAAAUUGUUGAUUAUUUAUGGAUUUUUUGGCAUGAAUAUGAAAGUCUGACUGUCUUAUGGAGCUUAUAAUAGUCUAGCACUCAAACUUUCCUCUUGUCAUAAAGAAUCUCAAUGUGGAUCAGACUGUGUGAAAGGACUUCAGAACACAAGUGUUGAAUGAUGAUAACAGCAUUUGAUUCCAUGUCAUAAGAUGACUUGUUCAGAAAAAAUAUUAAAGACUCAGAUUAAUGUUUGUUUUUAUUGUUGCCAAAUAUUUUUUUUUGUACAUUUACAGUAUUAAAAUAAUUUCAGUGAAAAUGAACAAUAUAUGUGUGGAAAAUACAUGCAAAAGUUUGUGCAAUAAAAUGUUAUAUGGAGAUGAG